AGCCUCCAUGGUUUCCCGUACGCGGGCGCGAGAUGACGGCCCAGGUGCGAGGAACGGCUGUGUUGGAGUGCAGCGUUAGGGGAGACGCUCCGCUGGCGGUGCAAUGGCGCAGAGACGGCCAAGUCCUGCCACUAAUCGGCUCAAAGUACAGCGUUGAACAAGAACACGGGGAAGAAACCACAAAGUUGAAGUUGAUACUGAAUGACGCAUUGGCUUCUGAUGGCGGAGCCUACGAAUGUCAGGCAUCGAACCUGCAUGGCUCAAACAGCUUGGUUUACUCCCUAGUCGUGCGAGAUGUCCCGUCAGCUCCAAGUGACGUCAAAGUUUCAGAGAAAGGCGCUCGUUUUAUAGCUCUUGAAUGGUCGGCUUCUGCUGAGCAUGCCUCCGUACCUGAAUCAUCAGAUAUCAACUUUAUCGUUUUCUACGCCACCGUUGAAGGUUCAUAUAAAGAAAUAAAAGUCCCGACCAACUUCGCCCGAAUCACCGGUCUUGAUCCCGCGACGCGUUACUUGUUGCGCGUGGCGGCCGAGAACAACGUAGGCAGGAGCGCCGCUACGGAGGUGCUCAUGGCGACGACACUGGAGGAACCUCCCACGGGACCCCCGAGGAAUAUGAAGGAUGUGACCGAGGCAUAUGCGCCUGCUGACUGCUGUUAA